GAAAUUACCUUUGCUCUCGACUUCCACAACGACAUCCGCGUUUUGGCAGUGUCCGGCACUCUCACUAUCGCCCGUGCUUAUCAGCGUGCAUACCACACUCACCCGAAUUACACUCUCGAUGUCACUGGCGGAACCUUGAAUUGCUCUCGGCGACAUCAUUUUCGACCCCUAUCUCGUCAAAGAUCAUGAGCCCAGACCUGGUUAGGAUCCCGCACGUACUCUGCGUUUCUUGGAAGCGGCAUGAGUAAGUCCCAUGCACUGGAUUAUCGGAGUAAACCUUGAACCAUCUGCCUGCGAGGCCCUCUACUCGGGAGAUGGAUUUUUUUUCUAGAACGACGAUUUCCUCUUCGAGCGGAGAAGUCAACCUCGCGUCAGCUUCAGAGCUUUUUCAAAAUGUGUGGCUGUCGACCAGCUAAUAAUGUUUGGCCUUCAGCACAAAUGAUUUAUUUCCGAUAUAUGCCGCUGCCGUGUAGAAUACCUUUCCAGUCCGCCUGUGGUGUCUUCUGGACGUUGUACUUGUCCAUAUUUAAUGCUAAGGAGGACGAAAGGCAAGAUACAGAGGCAGCACCCAUCUUGUUCAUCGCCAGUAUCCCUGCACCUUGGACCGCAAGGUAGUCACCUUUAUAUUGGUUCUUCAUUCAAGCUUACUGUAUUCUGUUGGCAUCUGCAGAUGCGAUGGGUCCCGUUGGCUCUCAACACCGCAACUCUGACGUGUCUUGACAUUCUUGCUACCCUUCAUGCUGCAUUGCAGCGCCCACUCAGUUUCCCGUCUGCCCGAUUUCAUUGUCCAUUACUCGGACACGUUAUAUACGAGUCUGUUGUAUAUAUCUAUAUAGCUGUGCCUGUAUCUAGCUAGCACUGAGCAGUGCACGGCGCGAGUAUAAAUACCAUUGAUUUAUCCAGUA